GGUAAUAGUUAAAACAUGUCUAUCAGCAGCCAAAGUCUUGUCGAUGGAGUUGUUCCAGAGGACUAUUUUAGUUUUGAAAGUAUACUGGCGGAGCAGCAAACGAUUGCAUGUGUUUUAAAAAAGUCUAUGUUCAGACUGGGUUUUUUAGAUCCAAGCAAUCAGAAUGAAAAUCUUGUGUCUGGUAGCAAAAUGGAGCUCCCUCUGUGGAUGGCAUCAUAUCUGGCCAACAAGGAGUUUGUUGCUUGUGAGCUUCCUAAACCUUAUCAGGAAACUUCCAGAAACAUUCUCCUAGCCGACUCCUCAGUUGUUGAUCUUUUCAAACAGGUGAUGUAUUUCUACGAAACAGGAACUAAACUGAUCAAGAUUCCACACCCGGAGUGUCCCCACGUGUCCGUCUCUCUUGUCAAAACGUUUGUGGGAAGAUUCAAGAAAAUAAUGGACAGUUCACAAAACUGCAGAAACCAGGAUCUCAGUAACAUGUGCCAGAAACUGGACGUGGACGAGAAGAAACUCUUUGAAAUAAACAGACUGAGCGUUGAGCUGUUAGAUAAGUGGGAGAGAAGGGAGUCUAAUAUUAUUGUUCCCUCUAAUUUGGUGCUGCAGAGCAGGAAACGUAAACGUGACCAGGUCUUUUGAGAUUGGAAUCUUUGAGUCACUUUAUUUGAAAUGAUGAUAUACAGGGUGAGUUGAAAAUAGUGUGUG